CGCCAAGUCACUUCCGAACGCCCAUAUCAUGUUCAGCCGACUCGUUAGGCCGGGCGCUCUGCGCGCGGCGUCAUUCCAGACACCUACCUCCGCCCUGCGCUCCCAGACCCGUGCCUUGCACCGCAUCCCCCAAUUGCAGCAUGACGCCUAUUACAAGGAGAAUGGUGUUCCGGAGUUUAUGUCUCCGGAGGCCUUUGACUUCUCCUGGACCCAGUAUCAGACUCUCCUCGUGGACAAGCUCAACCUGUUGACGCAAGACACCGUCGAUGCAGACGCUAAGCCUGGAGAAUUGCUGGUCAAGUACUCCAAGCGCCCGGAGAUGGCUUCGGUCUUCAACUAUGCCUCCAUGGCUCACAACAACCACUUCUUCUUCAACUGCCUGUCUCCCACUACUACCAAGAUCCCCGAAAAAUUCGCCAAGGAUAUCGUCGAUACCUGCUCUUCCGUCGAAUCCCUGAAGAUGGACUUCCUCGCCACCGCCAACGCCAUGUUCGGCCCCGGUUUCGUCUGGCUCGCCAAGAACCUCGAGCGCGAGGGCCUGAUGCAAAUCUUCUGCACGUACAACGCCGGUUCCCCCUACCCGGCCGCCCACUCCCGUCGCCAGCCCGUCGACAUGGCCACGCACUCGCCCGACGCACCCCUCGGCAACCAAUUCGCCGGCUCCAUGGGUGCUCACGCCCAGAACCAGAAGAGCCUUGCCCCCGGCGCCAUUGACGUGCAGCCCAUUCUCUGUGUCAACACCUGGGAGCACGCGUGGAUGAUGGACUACGGUAUUGCCGGAAAAGAGGAGUACCUGGAGCGGUGGUGGGAUCGGAUUAACUGGGACGUUGUGUUUGACAACUACAAUGCUAUUAGCUCCGUGAAGGGCGCGCGGAGCACGGCUAACAGGGACCGGAGUCUGAGCAUGCUUUAAGCGGGAAAAGCAUUUGAUUUUUGUUUGGAUAAUCUGUACUAUAUAUACUAUCACAUUUUCUUUUCUUUUUGGACUCUCGACUCUCCCGGUCUUGGAGGCUGUACAGCAGAUACCGUUCGACAUAGAAUUGAACUCCACAAUCAUGAUCCGUGUUCGUCUAUAGUAGGAGAUAGUCUCUAUAAUAUUGUACAUGUGCCCUUGUAUCAGCCAUCCAAACACGAAUUAUGUACAAAAUCUGUACCCUCGAGGCAACCAAGUCUAUACUGGCCCAAUGUUCUAUUGUCCCUGGGUAUGACUCUCCCGAAUUCGCUUCUCAAAAGCCUCAAUCAUAACACUAGCCAUCUGCCCCUCCACAGCCCCCAUAACAGUCGCAUGCAACUGAUUGCGGAACUCGAAUUGCACCUCCAAAUUCACCUUGGUCUGCGGUCCACCCUGCGCCUCAAGAGGAGCCACGGGCACAAGUUCCCACUUCGUACAGAGAUACUCAAAUAUCCCCUCCGAAGCACCGGGGAAGAACCCACUCAACCCAGACGACGCGCCAUCACCACCACCGCUGCUGCUGCCAUCAGGCUUCCCAUAUUUGGCCCCGCUCCGCGCCUCAACGAUCCAGUUAGCCGGAUCACAGUCCACGCGCGAAGUAAAAGUCUCGCUGAGAGGCCCGUAGCCAACGGUCAGGUAGGCUUGAGUGGGAUACCCGGUUUCCGGAUCGCGGGCUGUCACGGUGGAUUCGUUGAGGAAGGGGAGGAAUUGCGAAUAGGAUUCGACGGAGGAGAUCACUUUGAAGAGGAGGGCGGGUGAGUAGGGGAGUGUGCGGGUUGCUGUGAGGACGCGCUUGGGCGAGUUGUUGUUGCCGUUUGGUGAGGAGGGGAGGAAGGAGGAGAGAGACGGGAGGCCGAAGGAUCGUUUUGUCGUGUGCAGAGGGCUUGAUAUCUUUGAUUGUAUACAGGUGUUUGGUCGUGGUCUUGUGCUAAGGGCGGGAGCAGGAACGAGUGUGUUGUGGUUGGAGUUCGAGGUAAAAGAGAGUAGGUCUGCGAAAAAAGGUCCGCAGUCGCAGUCCGCGGUGAUCGGCCCGGCCG